AUGGAAGCGACUCCAUUUGCCAAGCUCUCCAGUGCUGCUUGGCUUGUUGCCAGCAGGGUUCCAUCGCCAGUCCAACGGCCACCGGUUACAACCGAACCGGUUGCGGUCACAGCCACAGCCGAGGGAGGCCAGCACUCUGGACAAAAGCGCCAGGCGCAGCCAGACUCCUGGUCCUUCGUUGGACUCUCCGGACGAUUGGAGGACAUAUGUCGGGACCUCCGCCGCAGUGUUGAGCAUGAGUUCAUGCUGUCAGAGCGGCAGCUGCAGGCCCAGUUCCAGGCCGACCUCGAAGCGCAGCGGCUGAGGGCAGAGGCCUUCGCCUGCCAGCAGCAGGCCAAGAUCGAGGCGCUGGAGGUCGAGCUCAAGACAACCACAAAGAAGCUGGAGUCCAAGCAGAAGCAGGUCAAAGAAUCCUUCGCGCUGUCAACGCGGGUUCGCCAAAACUUCUUGGCACGGCUGGCCUUUGAGCGGGCCUUCCGAUCCUGGCAGGCGCAUGCUGCACAGGCCAAAGAGGAGCAACUGCAGAACAAGCUGGCGAGCCAUCAGCAGGGCCUUCGCUUGGUUUCGGCCCUCUUUUCCUCCUGGCGACAAGAUGCACAGAGCGGCAUCCGUGAGAGGCUUAUUGCCCAUGAGCGUGCUGCCGCGGCUGCUGUGCGAGCCAAGCUUUUCGAGCAGAUGGAGACUGAGCGUGCGCAACUCGUCGCACAGGUGGAGGAUUUGAAGCGGCAGGUCUCGGAGGAAGGGAAGCAGAGAGCCCUCCUCCAGGACAACUUGAAGCGCGUGUUCAUGCGAGGUGUCUGUGCUUUGAACUUCGAGGCCAUGUCCCUACUCUCAGAUCCAGGUGCUGCUGCUGGUGGUGGUGCUCUUUCAGGAACAACUGGCGCAGCCGCUUUGGAAGGAGUCCUCGCUUCGGAGCCAGCAAACACUGAGCCUGUGGCACUUCCUCCGGGUAUGCAAGUUAGUUCUUCUGGACCUGUGGCACCAGCAACGCCUGGCCAGGACUGCCAGGGGCAAGCGCAAACCAGGACAUCCGAAGGCGCAGCAGACGACGAGGCGCUGCAGCCAAAGGUCAGCCCAAUACCAACACCCUCGCCUUUGCCCUUCGUCUCCUACACUGGGCCAUCCGCAUCGGCAGACAGGGCGAGAAGGCCAAUGGUGCCUAAGAACCGCUUCCCAACUGUACGUCGAGAAGAGCUGGCAGCACGUGGUUAA